AUGAAGUUCUUCAUUGUUGUGGUGCUGGUCUUGCAGUGUGCGCUCGCACUCGGCCUCCCGGCAGUAAUAGUACCUAAAAGCAACCAUGGCGAAAGAGACCGGCACACCCACUCUCUACAAGUCAGACGGAACCCGGUCUUAGUCGAGAACGAGGCCCUAGAUGGCAAGUGCAAGAAAAUCAUGUUUUUUUACCUACGCGGAAGCACACAGGAGCCUAACAUGGGCAAACAGCCUGGGCCUCAACUUGCCGAGUAUCUCCGCCAGACUCUGACAGCAGAGAGGAUUGCAGUGCAAGGGAUAGAAUACGCAGCGAGUCUCCUGGACAAUGCCUGCGUCAACAACCAGCUAUGCCGGCCGAGGGAGGUCACGACUGCGGAAAGGCAAAUCCGACAAUACAUGGACAAGUGCCCCGAGGCCGUCGUCCUAGCGGCUGGUUAUAGUCAGGGCGCCGCAAUGCUGUCGAGUGUCAUAUCGAACCGACUUGAGCAGAAAUACAAGGACAGGAUCACUGCCGUCGUCACCUUUGGCAAUACGAUGCAAGUCUACAACAAGAACACGAUACCAAACUUUCCACCCGACUUGGUGCAGAUGUUCUGCAACAAGCUCGACCCGGUCUGCCGAGUUGGUGUACCGCUCGGAGCGGCGUUGCCUGGGCAUUUAGACUACCGAAAGUCGGCGAAGCCCGCGGCCGAAUUCCUCAUCAAGAAGCUAGCAGCUGCCAAGAGGUGGCCCUCAGUACCUGUCAUCGCGGACAUCGAUCGGUCAAAGUUCGCAUCCAUGGGCCUUACUUUCCGAAACAUCUUCCGCGGAGCACCCAAAGGCACCUCGGAGGCGUUCAACGACGCCGAGAAGCUCGGCUCGCUGACAGAACCCAGGCUGGUCAACGUCUACGGCAGAGGCGGCGCGCGGGUGGACUUCCUAGGCGUGGCGGUGGACGGCGUGGCCGACGUGUUGGAGCACGGCGGCAAGGGCGGCGACUACAAGGAGAUGCGGCUUGACGAGGGCGAGUUCUGGACAAAGGCCGAGGUGUGCAACGGCCAGAAGAAGGGCAAGGACCGCAUCGGAUACUUCCGAGCUGAAAGCAGCAAGGGAAAGAAUAUGGAGGUUGGGAAGAGAACAAACCAAUGCCAGAAGUAUGUGGCAGAGAAGGGCGGGUACUUUGUAGGCUUAUACGGAGAGGCUGGCAGCGAGAUCGACUCGCUCGGCUUGAUUGAGCAUGUUGGCAGCUAA